GAGAGCGCGAGGCUGGAGGACGAGAGGCGGGUGGCGGAGGAGCCAGGGUCCUCCUCGUCGGCCGCGGCGGCGCCGGCUACGAGGGAGGAGGAGCCGCCGGACGACUUCAUCUGCCCGAUCACGACCGAGGUGAUGAUCGACCCGGUGAUGGCGGCCGACGGGCAUGCGUACGAGCGGACGGCGAUCGAGCGCUGGCUCGCGACCAAGUCGACCAGCCCGAUGACGGGCGAAGCGCUUGAGCACACCUUCCUUUCCCCGAGCCACAUGGUGCGCCGACAGAUUCGAGAGUGGCAGCAGGCGCAUCCGGGAGGGUAG